AUGCACAUUCCCCUCUUGCCCAGCCAAAUACUCUUUCACUUUGCCACGUUUGCUUUCGCAAGACUCCAAAAUGCCAGCAACAUGACUGAAUCAAGAAUUGUGUUCCGUGCAUUAUGUGCCCUGCUCCCAACCCCACAAAACACAAAGCUUGUCAAAGAAAGUCUGUGUGUUUUGGAGAGUGUAAUCUCAAGAUCCAAAGAGGAUACACUGGAAGAAACUACCCAAUCUAAAGACUGGGAAAUGUGUGAAAGUGAAGACAGAAGACAUGCAACGACCAUCACUGGCAGAUCACCAUUCUCUGCUUAUUUUCAGCAGGUCAUGCAAGAGGUGAAGGAACAAGUGGCAGGGGAUGAGACAUGGUUGGUAAAAGAGGACAACCCAUACUUUUGUCCAGGCAUCAUCACUGUCCUCUUUGAUACCUACCUUGCCAUUUUUCCUCUUUGGAGUGGCUUGCUGUUGGGAGACCUGAGUAGGCAUGAAUCUCAUGAACAGGACUUGGUGACAGCAAAGAAACAGCCAAAAACAAGAGAUACCAAUUGUCACAUAGAAAAGUGGUUUGGAAUUGCCAAACAUUCCAUAAUGCAGAAAGAAAAAAAAGUCAAACCAGGAACCUUCAUAAGAAAAAUGCAUCAGUCUCUGCAAGCAAGAUAUACGGAGAAUAUCAUUCAGCAUAACCUUCCCCAAAAGCUGUUGCUCCAACCUGAGCCACCUGUGAACCUUGAUCAGUCUCAGGAAACUUGGAUGAAGAAGAAGGAAGAACGUUUCCCAUCCACCAAAUCUAAAUUCUAUUCUGUUCCACAAAAAAUACCUAAAGACUGGGUGAAGAAGAAGUGGAGACCUGGCAAAAUCAAACAUUCAUUUCAGGAGGACAGUUUCAGCUGUGGUGUCUUUGUGAUGCUGAUGGCCAAACAGGUGGUGGAAGAGUUCCCCAAAAUUCCUGACAGAAUUAAUAUCACACCCAGCAAGGAGAUGAUGUGCCACUACAGGAAAAAUCUGGCCAAAGACAUUUUGCUGGCAUCAGUGUCAAGAGAGGAGUACUGCUCUGUGUGUGGAAAAUUAGAAAAAGGCCAAACAGAGGAGCAAAUCAUCUGGAUUCAGUGUGAAUCAUGCAAGAGGUGGUUUCAUGUUCCCUGUCUCAACAUUAAUGUGCCACCAGAAGAACAAGCAUGGACUUGUGAUUUGUGUGUGUGA